AUGGCCAACGACGAAUAUGACUUCCUCUUCAAAGUGGUGUUGAUCGGAGACUCGGGCGUCGGAAAGUCCAACCUUCUCAGUCGAUUCACCCGCAAUGAGUUCAACCUGGACUCCAAGUCGACAAUUGGUGUCGAGUUCGCCACUAGAUCCAUUCAAGUCGACUCCAAGACGAUCAAGGCACAGAUUUGGGAUACCGCCGGCCAGGAACGCUACCGUGCCAUCACUUCGGCCUACUACAGAGGAGCUGUCGGUGCCCUCCUCGUCUACGACAUCAGCAAACACCAGACAUACGAGAACGUCACCCGGUGGUUGAAGGAACUGCGAGACCAUGCCGAUGCCAACAUCGUCAUCAUGCUUGUCGGAAACAAGAGCGAUUUGCGCCACCUGCGAGCAGUGCCUACAGAGGAGGCAAAGGCUUUCGCCAGCGAGAACCACCUCUCAUUCAUUGAGACGUCUGCCCUCGAUGCCAGCAACGUCGAGCUUGCAUUCCAGAACAUCUUGACCGAGAUCUACCGCAUCGUAUCCAGCAAGGCCCUCGACUCGGGCGACGGACCCCAAGCCUCGAUCGGAGCCGGCGCCGGCAUUUCGCUCAGCACACCUGCGGACAACAGUGCAGAGAAGAGCGGCAAGUGCUGUUAA